AUGAACAUGUACGAGGUUCCUAGUCCGGGAAUACCAGGCUGUCCACCUGGAUUAGAAUACCUCACUCAGGUGGACCAGUUGCUCAUCAAACAGAAAGUUGAGCUGGUUGAAGCUCUCGUCGGAUUUGAGAGCAACAACAAGUACGAGGUGCGCAACUCCAUGGGCCAAAAUGUGUUUUACGCCGUGGAGGAGAACGACUGCCUGAGUAGACAGUGCUGCGGUCCCAUGCGCCCUUUCUCUAUCCAUGUACUGGACAAUUUUGGCCAGGAGAUCAUUACCGUCACCCGCCCCCUCAAGUGCAUGUCCUGUUUCUUCCCAUGUUGUCUACAGGAGUUGGAGGUGCAGGCCCCUCCAGGCAACACUGUGGGGUACGUCGUGCAGCAGUGGCACCCCUUCUCCCCAAAAUUCAUCGUCGCCAAUGAACUCACGGAACCAGUCCUCAAGAUCCACGGGCCGUUCUGUGGAUGGAGCUGCCUGCCAGAUGUCGACUUCGAGAUCUUGACCAUGGAUGAAGUCAGCAAGAUUGGGAAAAUCAGCAAGCAAUGGACAGGCCUUCUUCGGGAAGUAUUCACAGAUACCGACAAUUUUGGAAUCCAGUUUCCGAUGGACUUGGACGUGAGGAUGAAGGCUGUCAUGAUCGGGGCAUGUUUUCUCAUUGAUUUCAUGUUUUUUGAGUCUACUAACUAA